CAAAAGGCAACCGCAAGUUUGGAUUUAUACGAUGAAGCGUUUUUAUCUAGUGAGCGUCACCACAGACGUCACAAGUUAUCUGGUACAAUUUGGAGACAUCAAAAUCCAAUUGCUCAUCUAUAUCUUUUUAUAUACAUAUGAAAGCACAGAUCCACAAGGAGACACAUAUUCUUGUAUUGAACUCACUUUAGUGGAGCAAAGACAAAAAAAAAUGGCGCCACCACAUUUUCUACUGGUAACGUUUCCGGCGCAAGGUCACGUGAACCCAUCUCUCCGUUUUGCUCGUCGGCUCAUCAAAACAACCGGCACACGUGUCACUUUCGUCGCUUGUGUCUCCGUCUUCCACAACUCUAUGAUCCCAAACCACAACAACGUCGACAAUCUCUCUUUCCUUACUUUCUCCGACGGUUUCGACGAUGGAGGCAUUUCCACCUACGAAGACCGUCAGAAAAGGACUGCGAAUCUCAAGGUUAACGGCGAUAAGGCCCUAUCGGAGUUCAUUGAAGCUAGUAGGAAUGGUGACUCUCCGGUGACUUGCGUGAUCUACACGAUUCUUCUCAAUUGGGCUCCAAAAGUAGCACGUAGAUUUCAACUUCCCUCUGCUCUUCUCUGGAUCCAACCGGCUUUGGUUUUUGACAUCUAUUACAAUCAUUUCAUGGGAAACAACUCUGUUUUCAAGUUAACGAAUCUUUCUUCACUGGAAAUCCGAGAUCUUCCUUCUUUCCUCACACCUUCCAACACAAACAAAGCCGCAUACGAUUCGUUUCAAGAAAUGAUGGAGUUUCUCAUAGAAGAAACCAACCCGAAAAUUCUCAUCAACACUUUCGAUUCGCUGGAGCCAGAGGCCUUAACGGCUUUCCCGAAUAUCGAUAUGGUGGCGGUUGGUCCUUUACUUCCCACGGAGAUUUUCUCAGGAAGUGCCAAAUCAGUUGAAGAUCAAAGUAGUAGUUAUACACUUUGGCUAGACUCGAAAACAGAGUCCUCUGUUAUUUACGUUUCUUUUGGAACAAUGGUUGAGUUGUCCAAGAAACAGAUAGAGGAGCUGGCGAGAGCACUCAUAGAAGGGAAAAGACCGUUUUUGUGGGUCAUAACUGAUAAAUCCAACAGAGAAACGAAAACAGAAGGUGAAGAAGAGACAGAGAUUGAGAAGAUAGCUGGUUUCAGACACGAGCUUGAAGAGGUUGGGAUGAUGGUGUCGUGGUGUUCUCAGAUAGAUGUUUUAAGUCACCGAGCCGUAGGUUGUUUUGUGACUCAUUGUGGGUGGAGCUCAACGCUGGAGAGUUUGGUUCUCGGCGUUCCGGUUGUGGCGUUUCCGAUGUGGUCGGAUCAACCGACGAACGCGAAGCUACUGGAAGAAAGUUGGAAGACAGGUGUGAGGGUAAGAGAGAACGAGGAAGGUUUGGUGGAAAGAGGAGAGAUAAGGAGGUGUUUGGAAGCAGUGAUGGAGGAUAAGUCGGUGGAGCUGAGGGAAAGCGCAAAGAAAUGGAAGCGUUUAGCGAUUGAAGCAGGAGGAGAAGGAGGAUCUUUGGAUAAGAACAUGGAGGCUUUUGUGGAGGAAAUUUGUGGAGACUCUCAUGUUCAAAGGUUGUGUGAAGCAGAGGAUGUUAAAGUAAACGACAAAAGAGUUGGUGUCUAGAAAGUGGCCAAAUGAGUGUUGUUAGCUAACACUUUGUAUAUCAAUUCAAUUAAACACAAAAUGUACUCCUAUAUAUGCAUUGAAUAAUGCUCGAUUACAAAACAUGUUUGACUGAAUCACCUUUUGAGACUCGUGUUCGAUCGAUCGGCGUUUAGCUA